AUGAUAACGCUCAAAGGACCACUCACGGUACCCCGCGUAUGGGUCGGCCUUUGGCAACUUGCGGGACCUGCAUGGGGAACUGCCCCAGCAUCCAAAGUGAGGGCGGAAAUGAAUCGCCAUCUUGAGCAAGGCUUCACCACAUUUGGUAAGUCCUGCCAUCUAGCGGACCAUUAUGGGAGUUCAGAAAUGAUUUUCGGUCAAUUUAGAAAGUCUAGACUCGCAACAUCGCAGACCCUUCCUAUCGGCGCCACCAAAUGGUGCAUAUUUAAAUCCCCAACCUCACCUUACACUCGGAAACAAGUCGAAGACGCCAUCCGCGAGCGGAUAAGCAGAAUGAAGAGUGAUCGCCUUGACCUGCUUCAGAUUCAUUGGCAGGAUUACGAUGAUCUGACAUAUAUUGAAACCUUACAACAUAUCGUUGAUAUCAAGCGAGAAGGCAGAAUACGAAUCGAUGCUCUGGGGCUAGUGAACUUUGAUGCUAGGCGCGUAGACGAGAUUUGCGAAUUCCUCGGGGAAGGAGAAAUUAUCACAAACCAGGUUCAAUUCUCUCUUGUGGACACACGGCCACUGCAUGGCAUGGCAGUUGUAUGUGCGAAGCAUCGUGUUAAACUACUUACAUACGGAACAUUGUGCGGAGGUUUUCUUUCAGAUAGGUGGUUGGAACAACCACAGCCAGAUCCAUAUUUUGACCCAUUAACUCCAUCACAGCGGAAGGUAUUUAUAAUAACUAAUUCAUAUCACCGUAGUCGAAACGUUUCUCAACCUGUUCUGCAAGUAUCUCGAUGUCAUUCUGGGGCUUGGGGGGGCUGGGAUCUGUUCCAGUCACUUUUGUGUGUUCUGCGAGUAAUCGGCGACAGACACGGUGGAUUAAGCAUAUCAAACGUCGCCACUCGUUGGGUGCUGGACCAUCCAUUUGUCGCUGCUGUCAUAAUAGGUGUUCGACUGGGCGUCGCGGAGCAUAAGGAUGAUAACUCCCGAGUGUUUGGGUUCCGCCUUUCGCCAAAAGAUAGAGCCGAUAUCGAGGAAGUGCUGGAUCGUUCGAACGGGCAUAACUUGAUUCAUACGAUAGGAGACUGUGGCUCUGAGUAUCGCUGA